CACGCAUGUGAGUGUGCAUAACUUCGUGUAUAUAUACCUUUUUAAUUUCCGUAUAUUCAUAUUUUAUAUUUAUGAAAAAAAGAUCCCACUCCCAAUAAUCUUCAAUAAAUACCCCCAACCACAAUUCCAUGAGCCCUCUCACACUUACCCUUCAUUGUAAACAACAAAAAAGGAAACAUCAAGCAAAUACCCAUCUCAUUUCCGAAGAAAUUGAGAGAAUGGCGAUGAAAAAGGCAAACAAGCUGACACAAACGGCGAUGAUCAAGCAAAUUUUGAAGAGAUGCUCGAGCUUGGGGAAGAAACAGAGUAAUGUGUACAGCGAAGAUGAGAACGGACAUCCUCUUGACGUACCUAAAGGACAUUUUGUCGUCUACGUUGGAGAGAAUCGGGUCAGGUACGUUGUACCCAUUUCGUUUUUGACCCGGCCCGAGUUUCAGCUUCUUCUCCAACAAGCAGAGGAAGAGUUUGGUUUUGACCACGACAUGGGUCUCACUAUCCCUUGUGAUGAAGCCGUUUUCAGAUCUCUCACCUCCAUGCUCGGAUGAACAUAUCUUUUAGAGUUUUGCUUUUUUUUUUAAAGUUAUAUAUUUGAGAUGGUUUUAUUAGGAUGAGAACAGUGGAAGUUGCUGAGCAAAUGCUUCUCUGUUUUAGCAAACUAUUUUUUUUACAUGUUUUGCCUAAUAUGGGUUUAGUGUUGUAUUAGAGUGAGACCUAACCCUUAGAGAAAGAGAUGCUCGUGAAGAUCACUCUCAUGGUGGUGUAUUGUUGAAUGUGUACCCUGUGAGGAAUAUUUGAUAUUUGAUGAAUGAGACUUUUAGUAUUAUCA